AGGUUGCUGGCUAUCAAGAUUUGUUUAUGAUUAUGGGCGGUUAUGUGGCAGAGGAAUCUAUGCUGUUUUAUGGUUUUAUGAAGCUGGUUGCACCUGGGAUUCAUGGCUGCAUUUAUGCCUCUCUUGUGUUUCUUGUCUGCUGGACUUUGGCAUUCAUUAUUGCUGCUGCUGCAGCUGACUUUCCAGCUGGACUUUCAGCUGGCCUUCUUCCAGCUGGAUUUUUAGCUGGCUUUCAGCUGGUCUUAUCGCUUUUUAUGCCUUUCAGCUGGUCCAGCUUGGGGGUCUUGUCAAUCAAGGUUUUAUUAUGCUGCUGUGGCUUUGAUGGGCUGUUUUUUCUCAUGGCCCUUUUUCUGCUCGCUGCUGGGGCUUCUGGUUCUUGUUCGACGCUGCACUGGUUUAACGGUGCUCUUUGGUUUUGCUCAAUUGGUUUUCAGCUGGACUUCCAGCUGGUUUUAUUGUUUCUCCAGCUGGGCUUUCAGCAGGUUUUUCAGCUGUUUUUCAUGCUUUGCGCCAUUGGGCAGUUCCUUUGGGCCUUGAGCUUAUGUAGAAGUUUUUCUUUGUUUUUCCUUUGAAGGUUUAAAGCCAGCUACGGCCUUC